GGAUUCUUUGUGGCUGGCAGCAGAAACUGCAGCAGUAUCUUUGCAGUUUCCUUUCAUCUUUGAUUAUGUUCUGAGGAUCUCUGAAUACAGGAGCUCUUUCCAUAACCCCUUGGAAUAUCUUUUCAUCUCUCUGGUGGAGUGCAGCACAUGCUGAAAGCCUCCUGUCUUCUACAGCUGAGGUAUCCUCUGCUUUUCAUCGCCCUCUGAUUUUUUGUCUUCAGCUGCUGGAUUUUUGGCAGUAUUUGGCUUAAGCAAAUAGGAUUACAUUUCAGUAGCUGAUGGUUUCUAGUCGAGGAGCAUACUAAAUGUGGGACAUAAUGAGGAUUGUACAAAGAAAUAUUUCUGCAAAGCACAGGAAAAUUACUCAAGUCGAGCAACGGAAGAAGACAUUCUGCAAAUGCAAUCAGGGCUGCUAGAAAUGCAAAAUUCAACAGAUUGGGAAUGGGUUGCACGACAAGUGUGAUUCUGUUUAAAGGCAUUCGUACAGUUUUUGAGAGAAACUGUGGUUAUAUAUGCAAACAGCAAGGGGAAAACAAUGCCCUUGAAUACACAGCAUUCAGCUUGCCAGAUGAAGAUUCAGAAAUAUUGAUUCAUUCAUUCCUGGCAAAGCCAAAACUUAUAGAACCGAUAGACUAUGAAAAUGUCAUUGUUCAGAGGAAAACACAGAUUUUGAAUGAUCCUCUACGUGAGAUGCUACUGUUCCCUUAUGAUGACUUCCAGACAGCAUUAUUGCAGCGGCAGAGUCGAUACAUUCGGUCAACAGUUCCUGAAAAUGCAGAGAAAGAAGCUCAGAGCCUGUUUGUAACUGAGUGCAUCAAAACCUACAAUUCAGACUGGCAUAUUGUUAACUAUAGAUAUGAAGAUUAUUCAGGAGAGUUUCGACAGCUUCCAAAUAAAGGGACAAAGCCAGACAAGCUUCCUGUUCAUUUAUAUGAAGUGGAUGAAGAAGCAGAUAAAGAUGAGGAUGCAGCAUCUCUUGGGUCUCAGAAGGGUGGAAUAACAAAACAAGGAUGGCUGUACAAAGGCAACAUGAACAGUGCAAUCAGUGUGACAAUGAGAUCAUUUAAAAGAAGAUUUUUCCACUUAAUCCAGCUUGGUGAUGGAUCCUAUAAUCUCAAUUUCUACAAAGAUGAAAAAAUAUCAAAAGAACCUAAAGGAUCAAUAUUUCUAGAUUCAUGCAUGGGAGUGGUUCAGAACAAUAAAGUCAGACGUUUCGCAUUUGAGCUCAAGAUGCAAGACAAGAGUAGUUUCCUUUUAGCUGCAGACAGUGAACUUGAAAUGGAAGAGUGGAUAAACACUCUGAACAAAAUCCUUCAGCUUAACUUUGAGGCUGCAAUGCAAGAAAAAAGAAAUGGCGAGUCCCAUGAAGAUGAUGAACAAAGCAAACUGGAAAGCUCAUCAAGUAGUUUUGAUAACUACUAUCCUGAAAUUGCCAAGAGCACCAGAGAAGCAGAAAUCAAGCUGAAAACUGAAAGCAGAGUUAAACUUUUUGCCUUGGAUCCAGAUGCACAGAAACUUGACUUUUCUAGUAUUGAACCAGAAGUGAAGCCAUUUGAAGAGAAAUUUGGAAAAAAAAUUCUUGUAAGGUGUAAUGAUUUAUCUUUUAAUUUGCAAAGCUGCGUUGCAGAAAAUGAAGAAGGACCAACAACAAAUGUAGAACCUUUCUUUGUCACACUGUCACUAUUUGAUAUUAAAAACAACAGGAAGAUUUCAGCAGAUUUCCACGUUGAUUUGAACCACGCCUCAGUAAGGCACAUGCUGUCCAGUGCUUCUCAACAAAUGAUGAAUGGCAGUGGUGACAGCUUACACAGAAUUCAGGACAUUCAUGAAACAGUCUUGCAAUAUCCAAAGCAGGGUAUAUUCUCAGUCACAUGUCCUCACACAGACAUUUUCCUUGUGGCUAGAAUAGAAAAGGUGUUACAGGGAAGUAUUACACAUUGUGCUGAGCCAUACAUGAAAAGUUCAGAUUCAUCAAAGGUUGCACAGAAAGUUUUGAAGAAUGCUAAGCAGGCAUGCCAGAGAUUAGGUCAAUAUAGAAUGCCUUUUGCCUGGGCAGCAAGGACGUUGUUUAAAGAUGCCUCAGGAACCCUGGACAAAAGUGCAAGAUUUUCUGCACUCUUCAGACAAGACAGUAAUAAACUCUCAAAUGAAGACAUGUUGAAAUUGUUAGCAGAUUUCAGGAAACCUGAAAAGAUGGCCAAACUUCCUGUUAUUUUAGGAAAUCUGGAUGUUACAAUUGACAAUGUAUCACCAGAUUUUCCAAAUUAUGUUAACUCAUCAUACAUUCCCAUGAAACAGUUUGAAAACAGUACCAAGACACUCACAGCAUUUGAAAUAGAGGAGUUUGUUCCCUGUAUACCAAAAUGCACUCAGCCUUUUACCAUCUACAACAAUCAUCUUUAUGUUUAUCCAAAGCACUUAAAAUAUGACAGUCAAAAGUCUUUUGCAAAGGCUAGAAAUAUUGCAGUGUGUGUUGAGUUCAAGGAUUCUGAUGAAGAGGAUUCUUUGCCUUUGAAGUGUAUCUAUGGUAGGCCUGGUGGACCAGUAUUUACUAGAAGUGCAUUUGCUGCUGUUCUGCAUCACCAUCAAAAUCCAGAGUUCUAUGAUGAGAUUAAAAUAGAGCUCCCCACUCAGUUACAUGAAAAGCACCAUUUGUUGUUCACUUUCUACCAUGUCAGCUGUGAUAAUUCAAGCAAAGGGAGUACAAAGAAGAAAGAUGUUGUUGAAACACAAGUUGGGUAUUCUUGGCUUCCUUUGAUAAAAGAUGGAAGAGUGGUCACCAAUGAGCAGCAAAUCCCAGUGUCAGCAAAUCUUCCCUCGGGCUACCUUAGCUAUCAAGAAGUGGGUAUUGGAAAGCAUUCUGGUCCUGAAAUUAAAUGGGUAGAUGGAGGCAAACAACUGCUAAAAAUAUCCACUCAUCUGGUGUCAACUGUGUAUACACAGGACCAGCACUUGCAUAAUUUUUUUCAGUACUGUCAGAAAACAGAGUCUGGAGCUCGUGCACUAGGAACUGAUCUUGUGAAAUAUCUGAAGAGCCUUCAUGCAAUGGAGGGCCAUGUGAUGAUCGCUUUCCUGCCAACUGUUCUAAACCAGUUGUUCAGAGUUCUCACCAGAGCAACUCAAGAGGAAGUUGCAGUCAACGUGACAAGGGUUAUUAUCCAUAUUGUUGCUCAGUGUCAUGAAGAAGGUUUGGAUAGCUACCUGAGAUCUUAUGUGAAGUAUGCAUAUAAAGCAGAACCUUAUGUUGCUUCUGAAUAUAAGACAGUACAUGAAGAGCUGACAAAGUCAAUGACAACAAUUUUAAAGCCAUCUGCUGACUUUCUUACAAGCAACAAAUUGCUUAAGUAUUCGUGGUUUUUCUUUGAAGUUCUGAUAAAGUCAAUGGCUCAACAUUUGAUAGAAAACUCUAAAGUGAAGCUGUUGAGAAACCAGAGAUUUUCUGCCUCCUUUCAUCAUGCAGUGGAAACAGUUGUUAAUAUGCUAAUGCCACACAUCACUCAGAAGUACAGAGACAAUCCAGAGGCUUCAAAAAAUGCAAACCACAGCCUGGCUGCCUUUAUAAAAAGGUGUUUCACUUUUAUGGAUAGAGGCUUUGUUUUCAAGCAGAUCAAUAACUACAUCAGCUGCUUUGCCCCAGGAGAUCCAAAGGCUCUUUUUGAAUUCAAAUUUGAAUUUCUUCGUGUAGUCUGUAAUCAUGAGCACUAUAUACCACUGAAUCUACCAAUGCCAUUUGGAAAAGGCAGAGUUCAGAGAUACCAAGACCUUCAGCUGGACUAUUCAUUAACUGAUGAAUUCUGUAAAAAUCACUUCUUGGUUGGACUGCUUCUAAGGGAGGUGGGCAAUGCCUUACAAGAAUUCAGAGAUGUGAGGCAGAUUGCCAUUAGUGUGCUCAAGAAUUUGAUGAUAAAGCACUCUUUUGAUGAUAGAUAUGCUACCAGGGGCCAUCAAGCAAGAAUAGCCACUAUGUAUUUGCCACUCUUUGGUCUCCUCAUAGAAAAUGUUCAGCGGAUCAAUGUGAAAGAUGUGUCUCCAUUUCCUGUUAAUCCUUCCAGCAAUAGCACAAAGGAUGAUGCGCCAAGUUUGCCAACUGCAAGUCAGUUAGUAACACCACAAAAAUCAGGAAACUCAUUGGAUAACAACCUUCCUAAAGAUCUGUUUGGUGUUAUCUCUGGCAUUGCUUCCCCAUACACCACAUCAACUCCAAAUAUUAAUAGUGUGAGGAAUGCUGACUCAAGAGGCUCUCUUAUAAGCACAGACUCAGGAAACAGUCUCCCAGAAAGACACAGUGACAAGAGCAAUUCUCUUGACAAGAACCAGCAGAGCAGCACUUUAGGAAGUUCUGUUGUUCGAUAUGACAAACUUGACCAAGCAGAGAUCAAAAGUCUGCUCAUGUGUUUCCUUCAUAUUUUAAGAAGCAUGUCAGAUGAUGCAUUGUUUACAUAUUGGAACAAGGCUACAAAAUCUGAACUCAUGGACUUUUUCACCAUUACAGAAGUGUGCUUACAUCAGUUCCAGUACAUGGGGAAACGAUACAUAGCCAGGAACCAGGAGGGGUUAGGAUCCAUAGUUCAUGAUCGAAAAUCUCAGACAUUGCCUGUUUCCCGUAACAGAACAGGAAUGAUGCAUGCCAGAUUGCAGCAGCUGAGCAGCCUGGAUAACUCUCUCACUUUUAACCACAGCUAUGGCCAUUCAGAUGCAGAUGUCCUUCACCAGUCUUUACUUGAAGCAAAUGUUGCCACCGAAGUUUGCAUUACAAUUCUGGACACUCUGUCAUUAUUCACAAUGGCUUUUAAGAAUCAGCUACUGACUGAUCAUGGACAUAAUCCACUGAUGAAGAAAGUAUUUGAUGUAUACCUCUGCUUCCUUCAAAAGAAUCAGUCUGAAACAGCAUUGAAAAACGUAUUCAGUGCUUUAAGGGCACUUAUUUACAAGUUUCCUUCUACAUUUUAUGAAGGUAGAGCUGAUAUGUGUUCUGCACUGUGCUACGAAAUUCUGAAGUACUGUAAUUCCAAGCUGAGUUCAAUUCGAAAUGAAGCUUCACAGUUACUGUACUUUUUGAUGAGAAAUAAUUUUGACUACACAGGAAAGAAGUCUUUUGUUCGAACACAUCUGCAAGUUAUUAUUUCAGUAAGCCAGUUAAUUGCUGAUGUGGUUGGAAUUGGAGGAACUAGAUUUCAGCAGUCUCUUUCCAUCAUCAACAAUUGUGCCAAUAACGACAGGAUUAUUAAGCACACUACAUUCCCUUCUGAUGUUAAGGAUUUAACCAAACGGAUUCGUACCGUGCUGAUGGCUACAGCUCAGAUGAAGGAACAUGAGAAUGAUCCAGAAAUGCUUGUAGACCUCCAGUACAGCUUGGCAAAGUCCUAUGCAAGUACACCUGAACUGAGGAAGACAUGGUUAGACAGCAUGGCAAGGAUCCAUGUUAAAAAUGGAGAUCUUUCAGAGGCAGCAAUGUGCUAUGUCCAUGUAGCAGCACUGGUUGCAGAGUAUCUGACACGAAAAGGGAUGUUUAGGCAAGGCUGUACUGCUUUCAGAGUAAUCACACCAAAUAUAGAUGAAGAGGCUUCAAUGAUGGAGGAUGUUGGAAUGCAAGAUGUUCACUUCAAUGAAGAUGUGCUGAUGGAAUUGUUGGAGCAGUGUGCUGAUGGACUCUGGAAGGCAGAACGCUAUGAACUCAUUGCUGAUAUAUAUAAGCUUAUAAUUCCCAUUUAUGAAAAACGGAGAGAUUUUGAGAGGCUUGCUCACUUAUAUGACACCCUUCAUCGAGCAUACAGCAAAGUUACUGAAGUUAUGCAUACAGGCAAGAGGCUGCUGGGAACUUAUUUCAGGGUAGCAUUCUUUGGACAAGGUUUCUUUGAGGAUGAAGAUGGAAAGGAAUAUAUCUAUAAAGAGCCUAAACUCACACCUCUCUCAGAAAUUUCCCAAAGACUCCAGAAACUCUACUCUGACAAAUUUGGAGCUGAAAAUGUCAAAAUGAUUCAGGAUUCUGGCAAAGUAAAUCCUAAGGAUUUAGAUUCAAAAUAUGCAUAUAUUCAAGUUACGCAUGUAGUUCCAUACUUUGAAGAAAAGGAGCUGCAGGAGAGAAAAACAGACUUUGAAAGGACUCAUAAUAUUCGUCGCUUCAUGUUUGAGAUGCCUUUUACUCAAGGUGGUAAAAGACAAGGAGGGGUAGAGGAGCAGUGUAAGCGAAGGACUAUUUUGACAGCCAUACAUUGCUUCCCGUAUGUGAAAAAGCGCAUUCCAGUGAUGUACCAGCACCACACUGAUUUAAACCCCAUUGAAGUAGCCAUUGAUGAAAUGAGUAAAAAAGUUGCAGAGCUUAGGCAGCUUUGCUCUUCAGCUGAAGUUGAUAUGAUCAAAUUGCAGCUGAAGCUACAGGGAAGUGUCAGUGUUCAGGUUAAUGCUGGUCCAUUAGCAUAUGCAAGAGCUUUCUUAGAUGACACUAACACCAAAAGAUAUCCAGACAAUAAAGUAAAGCUCCUAAAAGAAGUUUUUAGGCAAUUUGUUGAAGCCUGUGGGCAUGCUCUGGGUGUAAAUGAACGACUGAUAAAGGAAGAUCAGUUGGAAUAUCAAGAAGAAAUGAAGGCAAACUACAGAGAAAUGGCAAAAGAGCUUUCUGAAAUAAUGCAUGAACAAAUUACUCCAGUGGAAGAAAAGGCCAGUGUCAUGCCCAACUCACUGCACAUUUUCAACGCCAUAAGUGGGACUCCGACAAGCACAACAGUUCACGGGAUGCCCAGUUCUUCUUCAGUUGCAUGAUUGUUUUGUAAAAGAAAGUAUGUUUGUUUCUUUUGAAGUUUGUGGAUUUGCUUCACUGUGUGCAAACUCAGGAUGACCUCGAAGCUAAAUGUUGGGCACAUGCAAACUGCGUAGUUCAUACGAAUGUCUGAGCACACUUAGCAAAUAGCAGUUACUGGUAAUAGUCUUUUAGAGUAAGGGAGGCACACAUAUAUAUUUUUUAAUCUUGCUGGUAAAAUUUAAAAUUGUUCACAAUGUCAUUGCAGAAGUGUGUGUUGGAAAAUUAUGAAGCUAGUUUCUGUUUUUUGUUAGAAAGUAUUAUUAAGAUGAAUUGCACAUUACAAAAAAAGUGUUGUGGGAUGUAAUUUUGCAGAUAUGUAACAUUCAGGUGUUCUUUUUGUGUAUGGCACAUAGAGAUUCCAAGUACAAGAACUAUUUUGGGGCUAGACAGAGACACUAGUUUUUGGGGUUUAAUGGAACUGACAAUAGUAGUUUUUGUACCAUUUGGCAAAUUGUUGUGCUUUAUUUUAUACCUUGUUGCAUUUUGGAGGUAUGCAAGCUUAGGUCUUACUGAACAACUAAAUACAACCAAAGGUCUGUAUUAAUGAACAUUGAGUUAUACUAAAAUAUCAAUAGUAGUAAAUUGUUAUGUACAUAUGGUUUGUUAAUACAGUCCGUACAGUCUGUACAUAAAUGUAUUACAUUUCUAAGCAUUUUUUUAAUAUUCAUACCUGCUCUUACCAUUCUGCUUUCAGUUUCUUUUGAAAAUUUGCUCAUUCCAAGUAUAUGCAGACUACAGUUCAUUUAUCCCUGUAUAUAAAUAAGUGCAAUAUAAAGAUGUAUACAGUCUUUGCUAUGUUAGGUUUAUAUGCAGUUAUUAAAAAAAAACCUUUUUUGCCAAAGCAAUGGAGUAUGUAAUUGGUAAUCAUGGUUACUGUGGUAAAUGGUGGUAUAAUUUAAAGCUUUUUCCAUAUUCUUAUUCUUUUAAGACAUUAAUUUAGUAAUUUUAUAUUUGGGGAAAAUAAAGGUUUUUAAUUUUAUUUAACUGGAAGCACUGUCCUGCUGUAAUUAAACAUUCUGUACUACAUCUAUAUUAAAAGAAAAAAAGUAGUUACUUUUC